ACGUUCGCCAGAGAAUAACGGCAGUGUACCGGCGACAUCCUCUCGGCCUAUCGGUCAGGCUUUUUCACUCCAAGUUGGGCAUCGUCUUUCGUGGAUAUCUUACUUCCGUGUCUGGUGUAUCCUCACGAAAGAUUACAUUUUUCUCCGAACAUACAAGUAAUCGAGUGUUGCUUCCAAGAUGGCUAUGGUGAAGAGUGGUUGGCUCCAUCGACAAAGUACUAUACUGCGCCGGUGGAAAAGAAACUGGUUUGACUUGUGGGCUGAUGGACGCCUUGUUUUCUAUAAUGAUCAACAACGCCGUGACAUGGAGGAUGAUAUUCACAUGAGGGUGGACUGCAUUAACAUCCGCAGCUCUGCUGCAUGUCAAGAACUAAACCCUCCAGAUGGGAAGAUGCGUGAUGCCUUGCUCCAGAUAGUGUGCAGAGAUGGACGGGUCAUCAGCCUGUGUGCAGACAGUGCAGAUGAUGCUCUGGCAUGGACCAUGGCACUUCAGGAUGCCAGAAUUAAUGCGGUGGUUGCUACUCCUCAGGUCGGCUUUGCACAGGAGGUGAUGGCAUCUGCUCCGCCACCCUAUUCAGAAUAUGCCCCCCCACCUCAGGCCUAUGCCCAAGGUCCAUAUGGAGAAUAUGCUGCACCUCCCCCACAUGCCACCCAGAUCGUAUACUCUGCUGAUGGACAGCCCUACGCUGUUGCUUAUCCAUAUCACUACCAAGGUGGGUACCCUGCUCCUGGAAUGAACCAUGUUAUUAUUCGGGAGCGCCAGCGCGACGAUGGAGGAGAUGUAGCUUUGGGCAUGCUCGCCGGAGCAGCGACCGGUUUGGCACUUGGCUCUCUCUUCUCUGUCUUUUAGUGUCUUGACUAAUGUACCACCAGUAGCACACAGUUCCCCCAGUUGUCACAGCAUUCAGCUUCUUCUUUGUGCCAUCACAUGAGUUGGAGUGAAAUGUGUCUGUUGGGCUACUUCCAUCGAUGAAGCAUGAUUGUGAUGGACAGGCAAACUACUCCCUAUGUAUCCAAUAUAUACAGUAAAUACUGUUAGCACUUUCUUGUAUGCCCCAUGUGGCAGUUUCCCCACUCCCUUUGUGUUGUUUGAAUAUGAAUGUUCUUAACCAAAAAGUACAACAAUUAUUCACUUGUAAGUUCUUUAAAUGACAGGAAAGAUGCUACUCCUCCUAUGUACACUUCAGGUCCUGUCUCAGUCAGGUUUGUUUCUGAUUCAUGGAGCACAUUUGUCUUUUAUUUUUGCAGAAUUAUGUUAAGUGUCAUGACUUGGUGUUUGUUUUUUACAGGUUGUCUGUUUACUCUACCUUAUUGACUUUGUUUUACUUGUCUGUUUUGGUUGUGAAUAUGCAGUUGUUUUCUUAGCUCCUAGGGUUAUAUGUGGUGGUGGCAAGAGGAGUGUGCACGUACAAAGCAAUAAUCACUUUUAUUGUAGCAUUUUGAGGUACACAUUUGGUGGUAUCAGUUUGAGAUAGGUAUCUGAUGUUUUCACCACAAAUAAGUCUGUAUAAGGAAACACUGGCAUCUGCAUCAUGUGCUUUGAAGUGAAAAGGGAAGGCGUUGCUAUUGACUCACGUAUAUAUGCAUGCAUUAUUUAUGGUUCUUUUUUCAUUGGCAGCUGUGGAAUCAUCCUUUUCAUUUGAAGUGUUUUAAUUGGUAUUUCUGUUUAUCAUUUCAGUUUGCACAAAAUACUGAUCAGGUUAAUCAGUCUAGAGAUUUAGCUACAUUUCAGUCAGCCUUGACGUAAUUUUCACCCAAAAUUAACUUGAGCCUUUUAUUCAUAUUUAUUAUAAGUGCAUUUAUUCACUUUAAAAUAGCACCUUCUGCUAAAUAGAAAACAUUUUGGUGUGCUUUUCAAUCAAAGAUACUACAUAUCUACACUAACUGAUAUAUCAGACUAGUAUUUCCAAUGAUUUCCGUUUUGCAAAUUAUCAGCUUGUGCAAGCAGCGUAACAUUGAUGUCAUUUUUUCUACUGGUCUUAAAUUGAUGUGAAAUUAGUUUACCCUGCAUUUAAAAUAAAUAUCUAUGAUAGUUAACUAUGAGAUGUAUUUUAACAAUUAAAUAUAUUCACAAAGUCA